UUGGCUAUUUGCCAAGUGCCGUUGUAGUGAUUUUCUCGUACUUGGAAGAAGUUUAUGUCAAAGAAAGUCAAAGACUUUCAAACGUGAAAGUCAGCCUUUUGAAGAAAAACUUGAAAUGAAACAACUCGGUGCCCACUAGCCUCGGGAUAUCGUUAUAAACCAAACCUCUGGUAGCCUACAAUAAAUAUCAGAUUUAAUAUGGAAUGGUUCUCCUGAAAGAAAUGGCUAACGUUAACUGCUAGCUUGUCAGAAAAGACGCCUUGUUGGCUUCCCGUGUGUGUUAUUGUUCGGAAGGAAUGGCACCUGGUCAAGAACAGGCUUUUUAGGAGCUCAAGCAUCUUCCUGAGAGGCUUGCCUAACAUGAAAGCAGCAGGAAAUAAUGCGGUGAAAUUGGGCGAAACCCAAACGGCCAGUGAGGAAUGGAGCAGUAACGUUACAGCCAAGUUAAGGAGAACAGAUAAUUUUCUCUCUGACCAUGUGGGGAACAACUAAGAUGGCAUUCCACUAAACCAGGACAAGAGACAAGAGGUGGCAGAAUACGGAGGCACAGGCAGCAACACAAAAUCUGAUCUGAUCUGGAAUCUACCAUCAUUCGGAUAAGGAAUAACUCUUCUUCCACAGUACAUGAUUGUUUUCACAAGAAAACGUAAAAGUACAAAAGAAAACUAUCAAAGAGGGAACCUCCCACUCUUUCUUUUGAAAUUCUUCCCUUUUUGACUGUUGAGCUUUAGCUUUCAGCAUGACCAGUCUGGUAGGGAAGCUAGACCCUCGGAGGGUACAAUGGCGCUCUAGAUUGAACACCUUUACGUCCCGUGUCCUGAGGACCAAACCUGUGGAGUCCAUGUUGGAUUCGGCCAUGACAGGCACCAGCUCCCAUGGGACCAGACUGGCCCGGGUCUUAUCCACAGUGGACCUGGUGUCGCUGGGCGUGGGCAGCUGCGUCGGGACAGGGAUGUAUGUGGUCUCGGGGCUGGUUGCCAAGGAGAUGGCCGGUCCGGGCGUCAUUGUGUCCUUCAUUAUCGCCGCUGUGGCCUCCAUUCUGUCAGGAGUGUGUUAUGCAGAGUUUGGCGUGCGGGUGCCUAAAACCACAGGUUCGGCCUACACGUACAGCUACGUGACCGUGGGCGAGUGCGUGGCGUUUUUCAUCGGCUGGAACUUGAUUCUGGAGUAUCUGAUCGGUACUGCGGCGGGGGCGUCGGCUCUCAGCAGCAUGGCAGACUCGCUGGCCAAUCACAGCAUCAGCAACUUUAUGAUUACACACAUCGGAACGCUCAGGGGCUUGGGUAAAGGGGAGCAGUCGUACCCGGACCUGCUGGCGCUGCUGAUAGCACUGCUGGUGACAGUAAUAGUUGCUUUGGGGGUGAAGAACUCUGUGGGCUUCAACAACGUGCUGAACGUCAUCAACCUCAUAGUGUGGGUGUUCAUGAUGAUCGCCGGGCUCUUCUUCGUCAACGGAGAGAACUGGGACGAGGGGAGAUUCCUGCCCUUUGGCUGGUCGGGGGUGAUGCAGGGUGCAGCGACCUGUUUUUAUGCCUUCAUUGGAUUUGACAUCAUCGCUACAACAGGAGAGGAGGCCAAGAGUCCCAACACCUCCAUCCCCUAUGCCAUCACUGCCUCACUCAUCACCUGCCUCACUGCCUACGUCUCUGUUUCUGUGAUCCUGACUCUGAUGGUGCCGUAUAAUGAGAUUGACGCAGACGCCCCGCUCAUGGAGAUGUUUGCCAUGCAUGGCUGUAUGUUUGCAAAGUAUAUCGUGGCAGUGGGCUCCAUAGCAGGACUCACUGUUUCCCUCCUGGGGUCCCUGUUCCCCCUGCCCAGGGUCAUUUAUGCCAUGGCCGGGGACGGCCUGCUGUUUAAGUUCCUGGCUAAUGUCUCUUCCUACACAGAGACCCCUGCUGUUGCCUGUGUGGUGUCGGGCUUUCUAGCUGCCCUGCUGUCCCUCAUGGUCAGCCUCCGAGACCUCAUAGAGAUGAUGUCCAUAGGGACCCUGCUGGCCUACACCCUGGUAAGCCUGUGUGUACUCCUGUUGCGUUACCAACCGGAAAGCGACAUCCACGGCUUUGUGAACUUCCUCUCCGAGGAGCAGAACAACAAGAGAAAGGAGGGCGUUCUGGCCGAGUGCGAGAAAGAAGCCUGUUCACCAACCAGCGAAGCGGAUGAGUAUGGCGGUCCGGCCACAAACACCUGUGGAGCCAAAAACCUGCCGUCACUGGGUGACAAUGAGAUGCUGAUUGGCAAACCAGAUAAAACCACCUACACUGCCAGCCACCCAAACUAUGGCACAGUGGAUAUGACUACUGGCAUCGAAGCAGAAGAGUCAGAGGGCGGGUUGUCCCGGCGGUUGAAGAAGCUCAUUGGACCGCGCUACUACACCUUGAGGAUCCGAUUGGGCCUCCCGGGAAAGAUGGACAGGCCUACUACAGCCACGGGGAAAACUGUUACUGUGUGUGUACUGCUCCUCUUCAUUUCCAUCUUCGCUUUCUGCUCCUUCAUCAUUUUUGGUGCAAGCAGUAUUGGGGAGGGUCACUGGUGGGCUUUGCUGCUAUUAGUCUUCUUCAUCAUCUUCCUUGCCCUGCUCGUCAUCAUCAUCCUCCAGCAGCCAGAGAACCCUAAGCGGCUGCCCUACAUGGCACCCUGUGUGCCCUUUGUACCUGCUUCAGCCAUGCUGGUCAACAUCUACCUCAUGCUUAAACUGUCUGCCAUCACCUGGAUACGAUUUUCAGUCUGGUGCAUCGUGGGUGUGCUCAUCUACUUUGGCUAUGGCAUGUGGCAUAGUACGCUGGAGAUCGCGGCCAGAGAGAACGAGGUGCACGCCUCCACCUACCAGCGCUACGAUCAAGGCGUGGACGAAGGCUUCUGCGGCUUCGAUGACGAUUUCUACCCGCCUACUACUGACCCCUGGGGUGCGCCGGAGGGGGGAUCAGGGCUCACCCCGCCCCCUGAGGUGAAACCCGAAAGUGACGGGGCACCAUCUAAAGGUGGAGGCAGUAAAAUUGCCAAUCACGGUCUCGCGGAGGAGGAUCCGAUGGAUUUCUGAAGGGACUGACUCUGUGUUACCCUGAAUGUACUGCCUUGUCUGCUGCCUGGGGAAAGGGAGUGGGAACAGGGGUGUGUGUGUGUGUGUGUGUGUGUGUGUGUGU